AUGGCAGGCUUCCAGUCACAAUACCAACAUUUUAUUCCUAGAUUCCUCCUUCGAAACUUUGCUCACAAGUAUAACCCUCACGGCACCGUCGACGGUCCGCCUAAAAAGAAAAAGGGUCACAAAUAUGAAAAGAACAAGUUCCCCGGAGAUCCGGUCGUCUAUAGCUUCACCCUCCAGGAUGAUGGGCCCCUCGAGGUUCGAGAGAGCCCUAUUUCCCGCACAUUUGGCGAGAUCGACAUGUAUCGCGACGAGUGCAAACCGACGGAAAACCAGCAAGUCAUCGAAGAAAAGUUUCGCAAAAUGGAGCGCCAGGCUGGCGAGAUUUACCAAAGAAUCGUGAACUGCUACGAGAAGGGAGAGUCUGUUGUGGUGGACCAAUAUCUUGAGAAUGACAAGAAACUUAUGAAGGACUACAUGGCCAAGAAAGGCUUCUCCCAGCCGAUGGAGGUUUGGUUCGAAGGCCUUGACAACAUCAUUGAACUCGAUAUGAACAAGCAGGUGGAUGAAUGGAGGGAGGUCCUGGUAUCAAACAUGUUCUUUCUUGACGCCAUUGGGUUUUACACUCACGUCACUUGUUCGUUCAUGGCUAUCUGCACAGUUGCCGAUGCGGACGCCGAGUACCUUCUCGCCGACAACACCUACAACAUCUUCGAGGGGCCUUCCAACUUUGUUGUAGACCCCGGGACGGGCAAGGUCGAGGGCUUUGCCUACCGGCCCUUUCACGAGUUUGCACCGAUAUCCCCCAAGCUGAUGCUUGUGCUACGCGCCAACGAUCUCCCGUAUCGGGGCGAGGAGCUCAGCCAGCAGAUACGGGAUUCGAGAAAAGCAAGUUUCCGGGCAAGCGUGCGCCAGUGGGAAACCGAGCCGAGAUCGUUACUGCAAAGUCUACCAGUGUACAAAGCCCUCAACUCGAACCCGUGCUUCAUCAUUCCUGGAAAAGGGCCAGAUAAAAGAUGGAGACCCCGGGCGAAGGAUGUAUUCACGUUUCCGGUCCAGGCCUUGGCCACCCGACAUGUGAAUACGAUCAACGGAAUUAUCCUCGACAACGCCUUCCUGUGCCAACAUCUCGUUUUUGGCUCCGAAAAGGGCUUCUUUGUCUUCUUCGAUCAAUACAUGGCAUCGCCAGGGUUUGGCCACGGGGUAGUCUGCGGGCCGGAUGUCGACAAGCAAUGGGCGUUGGCUAAGAAGCUGCAGAACCUUUACGAGCUUCGCAACCCUGGGAAGCCCUUUGCUGUUCCGGUGCAGAUAGCUGAACCGGAGAUGGAGAAUUUCGAGAGCUUUCAGGAUGCAAGCGUCGCUAAGCAUCGCUAUCUAACCCAAAUUUUCCAAGACAAAACAAGGAAGUUCGACUUGGAUGAGUUCCGCCAACACGUCCCUGAAGUGGAUGAGUACCUCCUAUCCCGGAAGGGAGGCAUCGGAGCCAAGCCAACUUCUCAAAGCUCUCCCAACUCGCCCAGACCUGCGAACCAACCUGGCCAAAUUCCAGAACUUAAGUUUCUAGACUCGAUUGACUCCGAGUUAGGCGAGUUGAUCAAGAUGCUCUCCCCGAUGCGAAACCCGAGGAAUCGAAAAACAUAG